UACCACGACUGUCAUAAAAAUGUAAACUUCGGGUCACUGACUGUGCUGAUAUCCGAUGACACAUAAUCAGCAGUAUAAUGAUUGGGCAAGGUGCGCCGCUUUUCAAAAACAAAGAUAACGAUUUAUGAUAUCAUUUGUGAACAAGCUCUCUACUUAAAGCUGGUGGUACAGAACUACUUCCAAUGUUGAUUACCAUGGCUUUAACUGUCAAGCUGCUGCUUCUCAUCGGAGCUGUCGCUGUUCAAUCGGAGGAGUGCAGCUAUCGAGCUCGAGACGAGUUAGUUUGUACGAACAUCCAUGCUUUGGAGCAACUAAGAAAUGGUGACCAGAAGAACAUUCUUAGCUUGGUUUUCUCAAAGAGCAACUUUGUUUCCCUCGACCAGAGCAUUUUUCAGGGUUUCGAGCGUGUGAAAUCAAUCGCAUUUGAUUUGUGCAACAUCACAGCUAUUCCAAGUGGAAGCUUUAGGAACUUGCACAAUUUGGAAUCGUUACAAUUUGGUCUUAGCAGACUAGAUCAGAUUGCAGAUGAUGCGUUCAGCGAAAUGUUUACUUUGAGAAGGUUCAUUGUUUCUGACACCCCAGUGAAAAGGAUUCGGAAGGAGUGGUUCGUAGAUAUGCACGCGUUAACUGAGGUGAAUUUCCAAAGCAAUCGGUUGGAGGAAAUUGAUGACGGUGCCCUUGACAGCUCGCCAAACUUGGAAGAGCUGUACGUUUCUCGUAACAAUCUUACAGAAAUACCAAGAGCUCUGCUUCGAAAGCUACGGACGCUUGAAGCUAUCCAUUUUAACGGGAAUCUCCUGGAUCAUUUGUAUGAAGACGUUUUCGCUGGGCUUACAAGUUUGAAAACGCUCCAUUUGGAGAAUAAUCGCCUGGAAACUUUACCAGCUUUACUCUUUAAAGACCAGAGCUCACUGAAAGACUUGCAUUUGCAAUCCAACCGCAUCAAGGGCUUACGAGGUGACCUUUUCUCCAACGCGAAGAAUCUUCAGGAGGUCUACCUCGCGGAAAACCAAAUCGAAUUUCUACCAAGCACGCUUUUUGAGAGUAAUCACUUGUUGGAAACGCUCGACCUGUCCGAUAAUCAGCUGACGAGUUUGGAGGGUGGUUUAUUUGUAAGUCUGAAGCGCGCGUACCUGGCGAGAAAUCAGCUGUCUUCGUUUGCGUAUGGUACCUUCUCCAAAGCAACGAAACUGAUCCUACUGGAUUUAGCGUCGAACCAUUUCGAAAAAAUCUCACCCGAAAUGUUUCGCGGUCUGCCCGCACUAAAAACACUUCUACUGGCCUCCAAUCGACUAACAGAAAUCGCACCGUCUUCCUUCGACAACCUGACUCGACUAGACACACUAAACCUGGAGGGUAACAAGUUGAAAUCGCUCCCGCAAAAACCCUUCGGCAAGAAUUCCGCUUUGGAAUUCCUGUUUCUUGCCGAUAAUGAGGUCGAGGAAUUGCAAGUCGGAGUCUUCGACAGGCUGCCCAAUUUGUUUCAUUUGGAUUUGGACAAGAAUAGAAUUCGAAGUUUCGAAUCGGGACUGUUCAGACACCUGAAGCGUAUGGAGCAUCUCUACUUCAACGAAAAUCAGUUGUCGACGAUAUCCGCCAAGACCUUUGAAGGGUUAACCUCCGUGAAACUCUUCCAAAUUGCCAGAAAUCCUGUUAAAAGCAUAGACUGCGAUUUCUUCCAGGAGUUACCGUCGCUACAAUGGCUCUCCAUUGAAGAUGUGAAGAUUGAAGGGUUUCCUUCUCGGUGCUUCUCCAAUUUGAAACAGCUGAACCGCUUACAAAUUACCGGAUUGAUGCUUAGGAAGCUGAGUGAGGCCACUUUCAUCGGAUUGGAGAAGUUGAGCUACCUAAACCUAACCGGGAAUAGCAUCGAGCGCAUUGAAGCUAGCGCAUUUGAGGGAUUGGGUGGGUUGACAGAGCUACACUUGGAUAAGAACCGUCUGUCGGACAUCGGGGAGCGCACGUUCUUGGGGUUACAAAGGGUGGUCACGUUAACAUUGUCGGACAACGCAAUCACGAGCUUACCGCCGAAGGUUUUCGCCCCGCUAACCUCUCUAACAACCCUCAAUUUGAACGGAAACAAGCUGGAAGCGCUAGAAAAGGGUUCCAUUUCGUACAUCACCAAGUUGGAAUCGCUCAGCUUAGGGAUGAAUAAAAUAUCCGAAAUCGGAACGGGUACGUUUGACGAGUUUGGCUUCUUGUCGACUUUGGAUUUGUCGAACAACACCUUGAGACGUAUCGACUCGGAAAUGUUCCGCGGUCUGAAAAAUCUUCGCGUUCUCCACUUGGAGCACAACGAAAUUGCUAGCAUAAACCUGGACGUCUUUGACUAUCUUCCCAAUCUGGAACACGUUGGCAUCGCAGGAAACAAGCUCGAUGCAAGGGUUGAGGAAGCAAUUACGCAGACGUAUCCGAGGGCGUUCUUUCCUAGAAGCGAACCAAAACCGUCGAACGUGCCCGUUUUGACAUCGCCAACUCCGUUUUCGUCCAACCUCAGGGAUUCCAACUGCGGUAUUAUGGGUAUAGAACCCUUUUGUAGCGUCCCCAGUUUGUUGAAGGCCAGAUUUAGCGUCAAAAGUGAAGUUAGCGGCUUGAAGAUGUCCGUUGGCAAGGUCUCGAUGUCGUUCAUAGCCAAGUCUAAGGCGGUCAGCUUGGGAGCGUUUAUGUGGUUCUCCGACAAGUGGAGUCCUUUAACUUUUUCCAAACCGACGAACAUCCCCUUAUUCAACCGCUUCAGCUUGGAUUUGCUUAUGGUCAAAUACUCUGCGUUCUUCAAGCUGGAAAAACAUCCAGAAGGAAACUCCUCUACGUUCACAUUCUGUAUCAUAAUUGAAUCCAAGGCUGGUAAGUCCUCAAGAGCCUCGCAGGCAAUGCUUCCAAUGGGAUUAUUUGAGAUGAGAAGGUAUGUCAGCGAACUUAGCCCUUCAAACAUUUUCGGCGUUAUGCUACUCAGUUCGCCAAGACCUGCGAACAUUCCAGGUGUAAUUCUCUCGAUUUCGUUUUCUGUAAAAUCGAGAUGGGACAGUUUGGUACAGUCGGAGAAGGUGACCAUGAGACUAAUCGUAAAUCUGCUCUUUCUUGUUGGGUUGUCCACUGUACAAUCGAAUGUCUGCAACUAUCGCUUUUGGAAAAGUAUAUCCUGCAAAGGUAUAACUUCGUUGGAUCAGCUAAAGAAGGGCAUUCAGGAGUGCAUUGAGCAAGACAAAGUUGCUAUGGAGGAUUUUAUUGGGUUGGAGUUCGAAAAGAGUGACCUUGGAUUUCUUGAGCCGAACAUUUUUGAAGGUUACGAGCAUUUAAAAGUUUUAAAGUUUCUUUUUAGCAACAUAACGAAUAUACCUAAUGGGAGCUUUAAACAUUUAAAAAAUUUGGAAGAGUUCCAAAUUGGCUUUAGCACAGUAGACAACAUUGAAGAUAAAGCGUUUGAAGGCAUGUUCAAUGUUAAAAAAUUUCUAAUCUAUGCAGUAAAAGUGUCGCGAUUUGCCAAAGACGCGUUUACGGACAUGCACGCUCUGGUCGAGCUCAACUUUCACAACAACGAGUUGGAAGAACUGGAUGAAGGGGCCUUUGACAAUUCUCCAAGUCUAGCCCAGCUGUAUCUUUACGAAAACAAGCUUGCGAAAAUUCCGAAAAAUCUGUUUACAAAAUUGGUAUCACUGGAAACGGCUUAUCUGAACGAGAAUGCCUUCGUUGAGUUAGAUGAUGACAUAUUCAAAGGGUUAUCUAAGCUCAAAACACUAUAUCUGGAGGGUAAUCGCUUGGUGACGUUACCAUCGCAGGUCUUCAACGAUCAAAGCGCAUUAAUGGAGCUGCACUUGGAAAAUAACGCUAUCAAAGAUAUACCCAGCGACCUGUUUGCAAAAUUAGAAACUCUUCACAGUCUCUAUCUUUCCUCAAAUAAUCUUCAUAGUCUCCCAAGCAACAUUUUCAAACACACCACCGAGAUAGAGACCAUCGAUCUUUCGGAUAAUCAGCUGACCGAUUUGGAUGGAGUAUUUACGGUGCUUUCCAAGCUUAGCCGAGUUGUUUUAACAAAAAACAAUGUGUCACUAAUUUCCGACGGUACCUUCUACCGCUGUUCCAUGCUCUCCGAACUCGAUUUCACAGAAAACGAAAUCGAGAGGAUAACACCUGGAAUGUUCGCAGGCCUAAGCGGAUUGAAAAAGGUGGUGUUCCACACCAAUAAGGUCAGUGUAGUUGAGCCCGCCUCGUUCGAUAGUUUAACCGAACUUGAAACUUUGUCUUUCGAGAAAAAUAAGCUCAAGUCACUGCCACGUGGAGUUUUCGACAAGAACGCUAAGUUAGAGUCGCUCUAUCUUGGAGAUAAUGAAAUAGACCAUUUGGAAGGUGGAAUCUUUGACAACUUGCACAAGUUGGUACGCCUACAUUUAGACUACAACAAGAUUAAGCAUUUCGAAUCUGGCACCUUCAAAAGUUUGAAGCUACUCAAAUCCUUGUACUUCAACGACAAUCAGCUGAGUAGCAUAGAGCCGAAGAUGUUUGAAGGAUUAAGUUCCUUGACAUACCUGCUCAUCUCAAAGAAUCCGAUUGGGAGCAUAGCCUGCGAGGCCUUUGAGGACUUGGCAGCCUUGGAAUCAAUUACUAUAGAAAAUGUUAAAGUAGAGGACUUUCCUUCGGGUUGCUUCUCCGGCUUGAGCAAUUUAGAGUACUUUACGAUUAGCAAUUCAAAGCUAAAGCGGUUGAAUAAAGGUAUGUUCGCCGGUCUGGGCAAGAUAAAGACCCUCAUGUUGUCGGAGAACCAGAUUCACCAUAUAGAAGUGGGGGCGUUUGAGGGAUUGGACGAAGUCAACACCUUAUCUUUGCAUAAAAAUCAGCUGUCAGAAGUCAAAGGAGAGAUGUUCACCGGCCUGUCGAAGGUCGACAUGCUUACUUUAAGCGAUAACAAAAUUGCCUCAAUCGAUCAAAGCAUUUUCAAGCUGUUUCCAAACUUGCGCUUUCUCUACUUGGGGCAAAACAAGCUUCACACACUUAAAGGCGACGAAUUUACAACCGCUCCCAAGUUGACCAUCUUGGACCUGUACAUGAAUGACAUCAAGAGUUUACCGGCUGACAUCUUCAAAACCCUAACCUCACUGUCAACGCUAAAUCUGGCCUUCAACAAACUAGGGACCUUAGAAAAAGGUUCGAUACCCAUCGUACCGCAGCUGGAGUACCUGAGGUUGGAUGAAAACGAAAUUAACGACAUCAAACCGGGUACCUUCGACGGUUUUGGAUCGCUUCUGGAAUUGGAUUUGUCCAACAACACCUUAAAGCAUGUCAGUGGGGAAGUGUUCAAAGAGCUUACGAAGAUGUACUCACUCGACCUUGAGCAUAAUGAAAUAAGCGACUUGAACCCGGACUUCUUCGACAAUCUACCCGCAUUGACACGUGUACGUUUGGAAGGUAACAAACUUAGCUCCAACGUUAUGGACGCCAUCAGAAAGAAGUACCCAGAACCAGAGGUGAUAAUACAAUACUAGACUCUGGUCUGUAAUUAUAACGUUCAAUAAAAAUGUUCUCAAAC